AUGAAAGGAAGACACCGAGGAUUUAUCAACGUACCGAUUCUGAAGAAAAGCAAGGGGGAUUCGGAGGCAAUUAAUGGAUCGAAGAUAAAAAGCGAUCAAUCUGCUUCACAGGUGGACAUUCCAAGAGAGCCUCAAAAGAGUAAUUUACCCAAAGUAUUAUUCGCGGAAUGGCUUUCGUUAGAUCGAUUUAAUGGGCAAGACUUUCAAAACUCACGCAACUUUGAUCCUUCCAAUAAUAACUUUGGCUAUAAUAAUUCAGAGUUGCAAGACAAAUUCAUGCACAAUUUGCCAAUGAAUGGCAUCGGCUAUGUGAAUGGCAUAAAUCAAGAAGUUAACAGUGGGAUAGUAGAUGAUAUUUUUCAACCCCAACUCCAGUUUGAGGAAUCUAUCUCUGCAAAUGGAUUUGAGGAAUUUAUGUCGGGGGAAUUCAGCAUAAAAGAUGAUGUGAUGUACAUAUGA